GGCUCAGCAGCAGCCAGAGUGAAACAACAGAAAGCAAAAUAAACACGAAUAUUAAACAUUUGAGCUCUAAUUAUUACAUUAACUAUUAAAUUAUUAAAGUUUUUAUUUAUAAACGAGUUGUUUAGGAAGGUGAAGGCAGCGCUGCUGAACAGGUCCAUCUUCCUAAAUCCAGCACCAGAACUUGAACAUAAUUUUUUUUUUUGUAUCCACCUUCAUCUGUACGAGUGCAUCAGGAGUUUUAUCCACAUCAGGAAACACCUACAUGGAGUUCAGCUCUCACACUGAUAGAUCUGAAGCUUCGUACCUUUAAACCCGAACUGGGACCCCUGAACUGAGGCCCCUGAGCUCUGACCUCUAGCACCAGUUUAACCAGUGCCCGUGUGUGAGAACCAUGGCGGUGAAUUCGGACCCCUGUGAUUGGGGGUACAGCGGGGAUGACGAGGAGAAAGCACCGCUCAUCCACUCGAACGGUCCGGCGAAGGAGCAGAGGGGCGGGACUUCAACAUUCGGGGCGGUGUUUAUAGUGGUGAACGCCGCGCUGGGGGCGGGGCUUCUCAACUUCCCCGCCGCCUUCAACAUGGCUGGAGGAGUGACGGCCGGGGUGGUGCUGAUGAUGUGUUUGUUGGUGUUUAUCAUCACAGGCCUGGUGAUCCUCGCUUACUGCUCUCAGGUGAGUAAUGAGAGCACGUAUCAGGAGGUGGUGCGAGCCGUGUGUGGGAGGGUCCUGGGUGUGAUAUGUGAGAUCUCCAUCGCCGUGUACACCUUUGGUACCUGCAUCGCCUUCCUCAUCAUCAUCGGAGAUCAGCUCGACAAGUUGAUCGCGGCGAUGGCUCACGAGUCGGAGGCGGCUGUAAGUUCUCACUGGUACACGGACCGUAAAUUCACCAUCAGCGUCACCUCCAUCCUCGUCAUCCUUCCUCUGUCCGUCCCCAAAGAGAUCGGCUUCCAGAAAUACGCCAGCACGCUGAGUGUCAUCGGGACCUGGUACGUGACCGUCAUCAUCAUCAUCAAGUACAUCUGGCCCGACAAGGACGUCAUGCCCGGAAACAUCUCCACCAGUCCGGCGUCCUGGACGGCCGUCUUCAACGCCAUGCCGACGAUCUGCUUCGGGUUCCAGUGCCACGUGAGCAGCGUUCCUGUGUUCAACAGCAUGGACAGGGGGGAGAUCCGCCGCUGGGGGGGCGUGGUCACGAUCGGGAUGAUCAUCUGCCUGUUCGUGUACACGGGCACAGGUGUUUGCGGUUUCCUGUCGUUCGGAUCGAGCGUGAGUCAGGACGUGCUGAUGUCGUACCCGUCCGACGACAUCGCCGUGGCCAUCGCCCGCGCCUUCAUCAUCGUCUGCGUGGUCACCUCGUAUCCCAUCCUGCACUUCUGCGGGAGGGCGGUGCUGGAGGGUCUGUGGUUGAGGUUCACCGGUACAGACGUGGAUACAGACGUGGUGACGGAGCGCAGACGGCGGGUGCUGCAGACGGUGGUCUGGUUCAGUCUCACGCUGGUCCUCGCUCUCACCAUCCCCGAUAUCGGGCGUGUCAUCUCGCUCAUCGGGGGUCUCGCCGCCUGCUUCAUCUUCGUCUUCCCAGGUUUGUGUUUGAUUCAGGCUAAACUUUCAGAGCACGACGUCCGAUCAGCCAGCUGGCACGCCCUGGUGGUUUACGGGAUCGUCAUGGUUACAGUCGGUGCUUUUAUCUUCGGCCAGACCACCACCAACGCCAUCUACGAGGACAUCCACCACUCGGACAGCUAGAACCCGGUCGGUCCGGGCUGGCACUGACUGAUUUACCAAACCUGUCCGGUCUACACCACUCAUGCGGGUUCCCACUGCAGUACCUCAUAACGAUGCAAGUAACCAAUCAGCACGCAGCAUCACGCCCCCUGCUGUAGAGGUGUGGAGACGGGACGCGACUCGUAACACUAUAGAAUUUUAUCAAAGGUGCAAUUUUAAAGAGAAACACAAAGAUUAGCAUUUAUUAUUAUUAUUAUUAUUAUUAUUAUUAUUAUUGUGCUUUUAUUUUGAACAGGUUUGAUUCUGUUUAUCGUAUCGUUUUUUAUAAUUUUUGAGUCAGGCUGUCAAUAGCGGGACAAUAAAAAUGAAAGUAAUUAUGCACGAUCUCUAUACACUCUGUAAAUCAGGGCUAAAUCAUCUCGAACAAAUCAAGUGCAGUCAGUUUUUUUAUUAACGUCGGAAUUAUUAAUAAUAAUAAUCUGUUAAUAAUCAUGUACAAUAUGCACUAUAGCUCUGACCUCAGUCCCACUGAAUGAACCGGAACAUCAACUGAGCCCCCAGCUAUACAAGUGCUGCCAUCUUUUGACUAAAUGGGCACAAAUUCCCAUACUCAGACAUACAUCAAAGUCUUGUGAGAAGCUUCUCAAAAGUGUAAAUGCUGUUAUUAACGCUCUGUUUUAAUACUGUUUGCUUUUAAACCGGCGUCCGACAAGCUCACGGUCAGGCGUCCGAAUACUUUUGGCCAUCGGCCUCAUGUCAACUGUUUACAGACCUAACGGUAUGUGCAGGGCUGCUUUUAUAGCAUAAGCGAGCAGCGCCUUUCAUAUUUGACUCCUAACAGGAGUCCAGGUGGCGCAGCGGGAUAUUCCACUAGCACACCAGCGCCGAGAUUCUGAACUCCUCGGUUGCCACCGGUCGGCUGGGCGCCAUCUAGCAGGCAGCAGACACGGUUCUGCUAGGGCGGGAUGACCGGACUAUAUGGGCGGGGUCUUCAAACGCUGUGUAAGGACCCUGAUUGGCAGAGUGCAUGGGUAAAAAAGGGUUCCGCUAAGAGCUGUCGGAGGAGGCGUGAGCAGCAAUAUACCCACCUCGACUGCAAUCAGGGAUCCACCAGCAGCGGAAGACAAACUGACUACACUAAACUGGGGAGAAAAUAGGAGAAAAUGCAGAAAGAAAUUAUAAAAUAUAUAUUUGACCCUUCACAAAUACCAAACACGUUAAAAGAAAUAAUCGUUCCCUUAUUAUCUCAAGCCUGUAUCAGCGUUUUAUAUAAUAUAUGAACUAAUUCAUGAUUUUGAAAUAGCGGGACAAUAAAAAUGAAAGUAAUUAUGCACGAUCUCUAUACACUUCCAUAAAAUUAGCUUUAUUUUAUCUGUAAAUAAUAUUACGCCUCUCACUCGUUCUUUAAUCCCUAAUUUUCCUCUUUCAGUUACUUGAUGAAUGUUUUUUUAGCUGCUGAUUCAGUGUUGAACACAGAACUCACAGUAAACGUUUACAGUUUGUUUACAGGCGUGUGCUGAUACGAUAUCUCACCUCAGCCCGAAAUCUCACGCUCACUCCUGCUGCUGAGGUCUCCGACCGUGCCCGUGCCUGAGGGAUGGAGGCACGCCGGGUUCCUCGUCUGUACCGCGAUUCCUCCCUCUGCCGGCUGGUCGAGAGGCGUUUCGGGGAAGGUGAGGGGGGCCGAGUCGCAAUCAGGGAAUUAAAAAAAGGGAAUUACGCAGUCGUCAGCGUUUUUGAAGCUUAUGGAGAAAAGUGUGAUACGUUGGAAUCGGCACGCGCCCGUUUGCUAAUGAAGAAUUCUUUUAAUUUUGUUUAAACUCAAUAAAUAAAAUCGAUUCAAUCAAA